GGUUAUAGCAGUCAGUUUGAAAGAUACAGUAAAAAUACCCAGCGAUCAUUUUAUUCAGAUUCAAAAUUUAACUUUUCAAUACCUAUUACGUUGCAUCUUUGUAGUAGUUUUCACGAGGUAGACUUAAAAAGGUCCCAUAUUUGAACAGCAGCAACAGUGAAGGUGGUUUCCAUGCGGGGAAAAAUAUCUUUAUUGUUUUAAGUUACGUUCUCUCGAUGUAGUUACUGAUCUGUCGGACAUACUUCGGGCACAAAACCGAUUGGCUUUAAAUACAGCUCAGUUUACAGCAGAUUGCUCUCAAGGCAAAGUGCGUAGCUCCACACUGGAGCACGUUGUCUGCUGUUCUGCCUGGUUUCCUGUCGUAAUGCUGUAGGUGGGAGUCUGUGAAAGUGCUUUGGGUUGCACACCGGAGGAUCAGUUAACUGCAGGCUCAGACCAGCUGAUCUCCUGUGGUUAUGGAUGGGUUUGUGUUGUGCUUCAUCUUUCGCCCGUUACCAAAGGAUGACUUUUGUCAUUUAAAUUUUAGCAUAUUUUUUUUAAUUCUGUCUGAAAUACUUGCUCUGAAUGUGCAUGAGUGUAGGUGUUAAUAUCGGGAUAUUAUUAUUAUUAGCCUUAUUUCAACUCUGGAUGCACCGUGUGUGCAUCGUCUGUCUGUGCGGGCGCUCAGGUUUGGAUGUUCGUGAGCGCGCACGCCCCUUCAUAGCAGCGUCAUGACGUCCCAGCUGCUGUCCAAGUCUGUGCUUCCGGUGUUAUGGCCGCUUGCAGAGAAGGAUGUCAAUAAUGUGGGGUUAUUUGGGAAUAAGCGCGUGAAGUUUAGGCAGCUGUGUUUCAGGAUGGCGGUGACGCAGCUGCUUCGGCUGGUUGUCUGUCGGUUGGCAGUUCGAGCGACACUUGGCGCACACAGGAAGUACAGCCAGGUGUGCCCAGCUUUAUCUGAGCGACUGCGAGUCUUUGAGACCCUCAGGGAAAAACAAAGCAGUAAGAAGAGAGCUGAAGCUGCAGGAACACCCCUCAGUAUCCGUCUUGCUGAUGGCCAGACAGUAAAGGGAGUUGCCGGUGUCACCACACCUCUUGUUGUUGCUCAGAGUGUCCGUGUGAAAGGAGCGCUGGUCAGUAAGGUGAAUGGGGAGUUGUGGGAGCUUGGACGGCCCCUAGAGGGAGACUGUGAACUACAACUUCUGGGGUUUGACACAGCCGAGGGACGACAGGCAGCAUGGAGGACAGGCGCAUGUGUCCUGGCCGGAGUGUUACAGACGGCGUUUGGUGCCGAGGUGUGCAGAGAAGGGGCGUCAGAGCUUGGGCUUUACUGUGACCAUCUGCUGGACAACAGUUCCCUGUCCCUGAGUGAUGUGGAGGAGAGAUGUAAACGCACAGCCGCCCUCAAGCUUCCUCUGUCCAGAGUGGAGCUGAAAACAGAAGAGAUUCAAGAGCUCUUCCAGAACAGUCAGCUGAGACUGCAGCUUGUUGAGGAACAGAUGAAUGGCCCCACCAUCACAGUAUACAGGUGUGGGGACAGCAUAGCGGUCUGCAACGGCCCCCUCCUCCCACACACUGGCCUCCUCAAGGUCUUCAAGAUGCUCCAGCUAUCGACCGUGACCCUGCCCGAUCAGACAGAGUCGUCAGGUUUGAUGCGUCUCUCAGGUGUGGCCUUUCCCGGAGAAAGGGACAUGCACGAGUGGGAGAGGGAGCAGGAGGAGGCGAGGAGGAGGGACCACAGGCGCAUCGGGAUGGACCAGGAGCUUUUCUUCUUUAACGACGUGAGUCCAGGCAGUUGCUUUUUCCUGCCUAAAGGAGCCCACAUCUACAACACCCUCACUGACUUCAUUAAGGGUGAAUACCGAAGACGGGGCUUCACCGAGGUCGUGACACCAACUCUGUACAGCACGGCAUUAUGGGAACGGUCAGGCCACUGGGAGCACUACAGCGAGAACAUGUUCACUGUGACAUCCGAGGGCUCUCAGACCUACGCUCUCAAACCUAUGAAUUGUCCUGCCCACUGUCUCAUGUUUGAGCAGCGCGUUCGCUCAUGGAGGGAGCUUCCUCUGCGAUGGGCCGACUUCGGGGCGCUGCAUCGUAACGAGCUCUCUGGAGCGCUGGGUGGUCUCACUCGAGUUCGGAGAUUCUGCCAGGACGAUGCUCACAUCUUCUGCACACCUGAGCAGCUGGAAGAAGAGAUUGUGGCCUGUUUGGACUUUGUGAGGCAUGUGUAUCAAGUGUUUGGGUUUUCCUUCCACUGCCUCCUGUCUACACGUCCUACACCGUGUCUAGGGGAGCCUGAGCAGUGGGAUAAUGCUGAGCAGCAGUUAGAGAGGAGUCUGCAGCAGUUUGGUGAACGGUGGGAGGUGAACCCGGGAGACGGAGCCUUCUAUGGACCAAAGAUUGACAUCCAGAUCAAAGACGCCAUUGGCAGACAGCAUCAGUGUGCCACAAUCCAGUUGGAUUUCCAGCUGCCAAUCAGAUUUGACCUUCAGUACGUUGGGCGAGACGGGCAGUUGCACAGGCCGGUGAUGAUCCACAGAGCGGUGCUGGGAUCACUGGAGAGAAUGAUCGCUAUACUGGCUGAAAACUUUGGAGGGAAAUGGCCACUGUGGUUGUCUCCAGCGCAGGUCAUGGUAAUUCCUGUAGGGGGCAACAGUGAGUCAUAUGGCAGACAGGUGGUCCAGCAGUUCCGUGAAGCUGGCUUCAUGGUUGAUUUGAAUGACGAUCAGGGAGCAACCUUAAAUAAGAAGAUUCGCUCUGCUCAGCUGGCCCAGUACAACUACAUAUUUGUGGUGGGGGAUAAGGAGAGCGAGAGUGCAACAGUGAAUGUGAGGAGCAGAGGGGGUAAACAGCUGGGGAGGAGGCCAACAGAGGAGGUGAUGAUAUCUCUCACACAGCUACGAGACACCAGGAGUAACCUGGAUGAGUUUUGAGUUUAAAAAAAACAAACAACAAAAAAUCCUGGAAAUAAUGAGUCACUGAUGUAUUUCAUGUUUUUUGUUUUGCAUGGGCUCAAGCUGUUAUUCCGAAGUGGUGGCUGCUGAAAUUUGUAAUAAAAGUAUUUUAAAAAUUG